UGCUUUCCGCCGGAAGUUCCUGGGUCCUGCGCCAGGCGUCGCACGGGUUUCGAGCUGUUGGACGUGCUGUCAAUAAGCUUGGGCAAUGGCCAAGAACAAACUAAGAGGGCACAAGGCCAGGAAUGUCUUUCACAUAGCGAGCCAAAGAAACUUCAAGUCUAAAACCAAAGCAAAGCCAGUUAGUANNNUUUUGAAAAAGAUAAACAUUGUGAAUGAUGAAAAUGUUAAGAGAGUAAAUAGAGCUUUUAUCGACAUACAGAAGGAACUCGCACACUUCUCAAGAGGCCUUUCCCUUGGACCUGUGCAGAAACAAGUGGUCCCUCAGCAGCACCAAGAAAAGGGACAAGUUAGUGUUGACGAGGCUACAUAUUUAAUGGCUCAGUUAUAAUCCUGUGGUGGCACAUCUAAUUCUCAAAGGGGGGAGAAAAAACAAUAAAAAUUAUAAUGUUUUAUACAA